CUGUUUGAGAGGCCUAUCUGAUGGUAGAAAACUAGAAACCCUAGAUCGGUCCUGCCAUUCCAAUUCUCCUCUACCUCUCCAUCUCCCUCUCCCUUGGCUCUCCUCGGCGACGCCGAGCUGCCGAAGGUCUCCCGCCGGCCGCCCUACCACCGCUGCCACCGCCCUCAGAACCGGCAGCCCACCGCGUCCCGCCGUUGCAAUUUGAGCUCAACAUGUCGGACAGGAAGACCACUGAUGCGAGUGAGCAUGCUUCUGAGGAGGUUCCUGAACUCAUGGACCAAAAUGAAGAGAAUUCAAUGCCGUCAUCCCAAGCAGAGGAGGAAGCAAUCAGGAAAAAAUAUGGAGGAAUAGUACCCAAAAAACCACCACUUAUAUCCAAGGAUCAUGAACGUGCUUACUUUGAUUCUGCUGAUUGGGCUCUAGGAAAGCAAGGUGCACCUGUUGAGAAGCCCAAAGGACCACUCGAGGCACUUCGCCCAAAAUUGCAGCCUACGCCGCACCAGCAAGUGCGUUCACGGCGUUCUAUAUACACGUCUUCAGAUACUGAUGAGGGAGGCAAUGCUGCUCCUGAGGCGAACAGCAAUGAGUGACUUCAAGGCCAUGUCCAUUUGGAGAGCCUUUCCGUCUCACCAUCUUUCGUUGUUUCUUUGGUGAAACACAAUUGAGUCCAUUUUGUAGGCUUGCGUGAAUAAGCAAUUAACAGCUUUUCGCUGCAUUUGCUGCUGUCAUUUGGAAUCUUCAUGGCCUCUGCAUCUGAGACUGGUGGCAAUGGAACUACCACUGAUGGUUUAUAAACUUAGAAUGACAUCUAGCUCAUAACCAGCAUGCUUCAUGUUAUUUUAGCGAAAUGGCCUGGAUUACUACUUAUUGUCGUGAUUAUAAAGUGUUGCAAGUUAGCACAUGGUAUUUAUUAACCAAGUUCGAGGCACGAGAACUAGUUACUAUAACCCCAAUGAUCAAAGUGUUCUUAACUGCCUGGAGUUAAA